UCAUGCUGCUGCCAGGUCCAGAGUCUCUCAUGGGUCCCUGUACGGCCUCCCAUUGCUGCUGUCUCCAUCGCCACACUCUGCCAUGUGCCACUUUCAGGUCUCCUCACACUGCUGGUGUGUUCCAUUUUUUGUCAUAGGGUGCUGGCAGAUUACGGGCCUCCCAUUGCUGCUGCCAGGCCCCGUAAUCUGCCAUGGGCCCCUGUACCGCCUCCUCAUGCUGCUGCCAGGUCCACAGUGUCUCAUGGGUCCCUGUACGGCCUCCCAUUGCUGCUGUCUCCAUCGCCACACUCUGCCAUGUGCCACUUUCAGGUCUCCUCACACUGCUGGUGUGUUCCAUUUUUUG